AUGGUUCUGAUGGCGAGUCAGCUGGUUCUGGACCGGUCCAGAGUCCAGACGUGUUUUGAACUGGUUUCCCGGCCGUGUGACUGGUCCCACUGCUGGUCCCACUGCUGGUCCCACUGCUGGGUCCAACUACUGGUCCCACUGCUGGUCCAACUACUGGUCCCACUGCUGGUCCCACUGUUGGGUCCACUACUGGUCCCACUGCUGGUCCAACUACUGGUCCAACUGUUGGGUCCAYUGCUGGUCCCACUGCUGGUCCCACUGCUGGUCCCACUGCUGGGUCCAACUACUGGUCCCACUGCUGGUCCCACUGCUGGGUCCAACUACUGGUCCAACUGCUGGUCCCACUGCUGGUCCCACUGUUGGGUCCACUACUGGUCCCACUGCUGGUCCAACUACUGGUCCAACUGUUGGGUCCACUGGUGGUCCAACUGCUGGUCCCACUGCUGGUCCCACUACUGGUCCCACUACUGGUCCCACUGUUGGGUCCACUGCGGGUCCAACUGCUGGUCCCACUGCUGGUCCAACUGCUGGUCCAACUACUGGUCCCACUACUGGUCCCACUGCUGGUCCCACUGCUGGUCCCACUGCUGGUCCAACUACUGGUCCAACUACUGGUCCCACUGCUGGUCCCACUGCUGGUCCCACUGCUGGUCCCACUGCUGGUCCCACUGCUGGUCCAACUACUGGUCCCACUGCUGGUCCCACUGCUGGUCCAACUGCUGGUCCCACUACUGGUCCCACUGCUGGUCCAACUACUGGUCCAACUACUGGUCCCAGUGCUGGUCCAACUACUGGUCCCACUGCUGGUCCAACUACUGGUCCCACUGCUGGUCCCACUGCUGGUCCAACUACUGGUCCCACUACUGGUCCCACUGCUGGUCCCACUGCUGGUCCAACUACUGGUCCCACUGCUGGUCCCACUGCUGGUCCCACUGCUGGUCCCACUACUGGUCCCACUGCUGGUCCCACUGCUGGUCCAACUACUGGUCCCACUACUGGUUCCACUGCUGGUCCCACUGCUGGUUCCACUGCUGGUCCCACUACUGGUCCCACUGCUGGUCCCACUAUUGGUCCCACUGCUGGUCCCACUGCUGGUCCCACUAUUGGUCCCACUGCUGGUCCCACUACUGGUUCCACUACUGGUUCCACUGCUGGUCCCACUGCUGGUCCCACUGCUGGUCCCACUGCUAG